CUGGAAAUGAUUUGUCAUUAUUAUUUUUCAGACAGUACUUGAAAGCAAAAGCAGUGCAGAAAGCCAACUGAGAGGAAACCAGAUGUAUGCGUCUUCAAGCAGUGUUAUUGAAAGGAACAUCAGCAGCAUUCAUAGCCCAGUGAGAGCAGGUGGACCAGAAAGCAGCUUAAACCAGAUUAUUGCUGAAUACAACCUGAACACCCGUCAGUUCUUCCAUGAGGAAAAUAUGCUGUCCCAAGGUCAUUACUGCCAAAUCAAUCAGAUCUUGAAGGAGGCUCACUUCUACAGCUUACAGCAGCGAGGACAGCCUCCAACUUGGUGAAGUAGUAGUCCUUUGUUCCAACUUAAAACGUGUUUAUAAAAGCAAUCACAUACACAUGAAAAAGGUCUUGAGGUUUCUGUCUAUAUUUUAAUGACAGGCUUAUGGGCCAUUGUUUAUUUGCAAUUUCGCUGCACUAGUGCAAUUUCAAAAGGGCUUUAAUAAAAUGUUUGUUUUAUUCUUUUCAAGUUUGGUGUCAAAUUCACAUGAAAGUAAUAAUAUGAGGAAUCUUGUGCAAUUGAAUACAUUCUGUCUCCAAGUCAGACAUGUGUCCAAAUCUGUCAGUGAGACUCUUCGUGACAAAUGUCUUUUGAGAGUAUGAUUUUUUUUUAUUUUUUAAAAUUCAGUAGCCCAGUAAAGUAUACGUAGUUUUCAUAAUGAAAAAUUGUGCUCUAUAUGUGU